AGUAUCAUAUGAAAAAUUGAAAACUAUAAUUUUAUGUUUUGGAAAUACCUAUCAUAGUUCACAAUUCUUGAUCAUUUAACUCCAAGACUUGAAAAGUUGAAAGUUAUUUAUACAACAUAACAAUAAGUAUUGUGUGUACACCGUWUGGUGCUGUUGUUUUGUAUAAAUACACACAUAAUUGAAACGAACUAUGGCACCCAAAACGUCAUCGGCUACACUUCGUCUGAAACAAGACUACUUACGACUAAAAAAUGAUCCAGUGCCGUAUGUWAUUGCUGAGCCAAAUCCGUCAAAUAUAUUAGAAUGGUAUUAUGUAGUUAGUGGACCUGUCGAUUCGCCUUAUGCUGGUGGUUAUUAUUUGGGAAGGCUAGUUUUCCCAAGAGAUUUUCCAUUUAAGCCGCCCAGCAUUUACAUGAUUACCCCAAACGGUAGGUUUAAAACUAACACCCGUCUGUGUUUGUCCAUAAGUGAUUACCAUCCAGAUACAUGGAAUCCAGCAUGGAGCGUAUCAACUAUACUGACUGGAUUACUGAGCUUUAUGCUAGAGAAUAGCCCUACAAUGGGUAGUAUAGAAAUGACUGAUUACGAGAGACGUCAAUUAGCUGCUCAAAGCUUAGAGUCAAAUGUUCGUGAUGAAAAUUUCUGUGAACUAUUUCCUGAACUUACCAUGACAAUACAAAAUGAAAUUGAAAAACGAAAUUUGGCUAGAGCUAAUGAAGAGCAUUCACCAAGCAUGGAUAGUAGUCAACCUGAAAAUAAUAUUCUUCAUUCUGUUGUUUACAACAGUGUAGUAAUGGUCGGCUUUGCACUAUUCAUUUACUUAGUCAGAUAUGUUCUAUAUAACAUGAAUAUUGAAUGAAAUUUCCUACUCAUUCCCUUUAAUUUUAAUUUAUUAACUAAAAUUUAUUUUUCAAAUAAAAUGUUAUAGUUGUAGUCAUAUA